AAACAGCAGCUCUGGACGGAGGAGAAGGUGCGAAUAACAGACUGGAGAUGUCUCCUAUUUCGCCACAUAUAACGCCAUAAUAUACGAAUCGCAGGCCCUCAAAGUUGAAACGGCAGCCAAAAUGUCGUGCCGUGACAUACACGCCACGAACGUGUUCGCCUUCAUCAUCGCGCUGGUUUCAGUGGGAGGCCUACUGGUGGCCACCCUGAUUCCGCAGUGGAGGGUGACCAAACUGAUCACCUUCAACAAGCACGCGCGCAACGUCACCGUCUACGACGGGCUGUGGGCCAAGUGCGUGCGCCAGGACGGCAACCCCACCUGCUACUUCUACGACUCGGAGUGGUACACCCGCGUGGACCAGCUGGACCUCCGCAUCCUGCAGUUCGCCCUGCCCUUCGGCCUCCUCUUCUCGUCCCUCGCCCUGCUCCUGAUGAUGUGCGGGAUGUGCAAGACAGCCUGCUGCUCCGCCGAGCCCGCCCCCGAGGCCGUCGGCAAAAGCAGGUGCCUGGUGAACAGCGCCGGGUGCCACCUGGUGGCCGGCAUGCUCCUCCUCCUGGCCGGGAGCAUCGCCAUGGCGCCCUCCGUCUGGUUCCUCUUCUACACCAAGGAGAUGAACAAGAAGUACGACAAUGUCUUCUCGGACGACUUCGCCGUGUACGUGGCCAUCGGCUGCUCGGGGGGGCUCCUGCUCGCCGCCCUGCUGCUCUUCAUGUGGUACUGCAUGUGCAAGCGGCUGCCCUCGCCCUUCUGGCUCCCGCUGCCCGCCAUGUCGCACAGCUUCUCCACGCAGCCUCUCACCUCCAACGGCUACCCGUCGCCCAUAUACGCGCCGCAGACCUACGCCCCGCAGGUGUACGCGCCCACGGUCCUCGACGCGCAGGCGUACGCGCAGUCCCAGUACGCCCAGUCCCAGUACGCCCAGAGCGUGGCCCCCCAGGGGGCGGCGGUGCACGGCUACGUGUCUCAGAUCUCAGCCCCGGACGGGUACGGCUCGGAGGCGGGGGCGUCGCAGGCCUACACCGCCCACAGCUACGCCCCCUCGCAGGCCUACGGCUCCAGCUAUGGCGGCGGCGGCGGUGCGCGGUACUCCACUCGGUCAAGGCUGUCCGCCAUUGAGAUUGACAUCCCUGUGCUGCAGCAGGGACACUGAGCAGGAGCUCUCGCCCCCCCG